AUGACAACCAAAGUCCAAGAGCCACGGGUGACCAAAAUUAGCCCUCUCCCGUCCGAAGAGGCCAAGUGGGUCGAGUUCCAAAAGAUCGAAUGGACCGAUCAGGAGGGUAAGCCCCGCUUGUGGGAGGCUGCGAACCGAAAGACGAGAGGGAAGAGUGGCAUCGAUGCAGUCGCCAUAGCCCCAAUAUUGAUCCACCCCAACCGUCCGACACAGACGAUUAUCAUCUUGCAAUACAGACCUCCGGUGGCGGCGACGUGCAUCGAGUUCCCUGCUGGCCUGAUCGAUGCGAAUGAGACGCCCGAGCAGGCGGCACUCCGCGAACUCAAGGAAGAGACGGGGUACGAGGGGACAAUUGUCGACAUGACGCCGGUCAUGGCCAGUGACCCGGGAAUGACAACGGCAAACAUGACGUUUGCUACUGUGGAAGUGCAUCUGAAAGAGGGCGACGAGGAGCCGGAGCAGCAUCUCGAGUCAGGCGAACAUAUUGAGCGCGUCGUUUUGCCGCUAGAUGAGCUUUACGGUCGUCUGUUGCAAUAUACAAAGGAAGGCAAGAUCCCGGACGCGAGGCUGUUCCACUUCGCGGCCGGUGUGCACUUUGCGAAGCUGAAUGCUAAGAAGUACGGCUUGACCAUUGAUGGUUAG